GCGCUCUGAUCCGCCAGGUUUCUCUAUUUGGACGGACGUCCCGCCCUCUGACUGCUCCGCAGCUGAGGCGGGGCGGUAGUAGCUAUGGCGGCUGUCACCGACGUGCAGCGGCUGCAGGCCCGUGUGGAGGAGCUGGAGCGCUGGGUGUACGGACCCGGCGGGUCGCGCGGCUCGCGGAAGGUGGCUGAUGGCCUGGUCAAGGUGCAGGUAGCUUUGGGGAACAUUGCCAGCAAGAGGGAAAGGGUGAAGAUUCUGUACAAAAAGAUUGAAGACUUGAUCAAAUACCUGGAUCCUGAGUACAUUGACCGCAUUGCCAUACCUGAUGCUUCUAAGCUGCAGUUCAUCUUAGCAGAGGAGCAGUUUAUCCUCUCCCAGGUUGCCCUCCUGGAGCAGGUGGAAGCUUUGGUGCCCAUGCUGGAUAGCGCUCACAUCAAAGCCGUUCCUGAGCAUGCAGCCCGCCUGCAGCGCUUGGCCCAGAUCCACAUCCAGCAGCAGGACCAAUCUGUGGAGAUCACCGAGGAGUCCAAGGCUGUCCUGGAGGAAUACAACAAGACUACAAUGCUUCUCUCCAAGCAAUUCGUGCAAUGGGAUGAGCUACUUUGCCAGCUAGAAGCCGCCAAGCAAGUGAAGCCAGCAGAGGAGUGAUGGCUGCUCCCCAUCCCAGGCCAGCCAUGCUCCAGGGCCCUGUGCCAACCUGCCCUUGUCAAAGGGCAGAGGCAGUUCUGUAUUUAUUGGAUUCACAGCCUAUCUGUCUGCACUCAGGUGUGGCCCUGAGGUUAGAGGUCUGGCUACCUGAGACUUCCUCACUGCACUGUCUCCCCUCAUCAAUGUUUUAUUCCAGUGACAAUAAACUAUAGAGAUCA